AGGAUUGAAUCAUGUCACAUGAUAUAGGCCCUGCUCUUCAUGCUGACACAAUAUGCAUGUCAGCAUUUUUAUCCCUGGAAAUGUAGACCACACAAGGCACAAAGAGACUGUAUCAGUGAGGCAGUGUGAGCCAGUCUACCCCUUUAAAUGCACUCAGACAGGAGAGGCCAGCAUGAAAGACUGAAAACACACUGAAUCGACCUCACACACACCUAUACACACACAGCGAGAGAGAGAAGAGACCUGCCUGAAAAAAACCUACAGCACACAAAGGAAGCUGCAAUAAGCUUUGAAGAUGAGUUCCAGAAUGACAGCUGAUCUGGAGAAAGAGGAGGAAGAAGAGGAGGAAGAAGAAGAAGAAGAAGAAGAGAGUGUCAACCCGACAGAGGUGAAAAUGAGUCAGAUAGUGAUGCCCUGUCACAGCAACCAUCGACAAGAGCUGAGCGUGGGAGAGCUGCUCAAAUGGAUAGACUCCACCGCCUGCCUCUCUGCUGAGAGGCAUGCUGGGUGUCCCUGUGUCACGGCCUCUAUGGAUGACAUCCACUUUGAACACACCAUCAGCGUGGGUCAGGUGGUGAACAUCAAGGCAAAGGUUAACAGGGCCUUUAACACAAGCAUGGAGGUGGACAUACAGGUGAGCUGUGAGGACCUGUUCUCUGAUCGUCACUGGAGAGUUUGUCACGCCUACGCCACCUUUGUUACACAGCGCUCAAACACAGGGAAAAAGGUGAUCUUGAAGCCCAUUGUACCUCACACUCAGAAAGAGCAAGUUGAAUACAGCGUGGCGGCUGAGAGACGAAGGGUCAGGAAGGUACACGAUGACAUCAUCAAAGAUCUGCUCUCCCAUGGGUCUAUCCAGCAGGCUGACAUCUCAGCAUUAGGCAAUGCAGUGGCAGCAGAGAGGACCAAGGUGGAGAGUGUUGAACUGGUUCUACCCUCACACGCUAACCAUCAGGUGAAUACAUUUGGAGGACAGAUCAUGGCCUGGAUGGUGAAUGUAGCUAUGAUUGCUGCCAGUCGUCUGUGUCAGGCUCACCCAACUCUGCGGACCAUUGAUAUGUUCACCUUCAGGGGUCCUUCUCAGAUUGGCGACAGACUGCUGCUUAGGGCCAUAGUCAACAACGCCUUCAAAAACAGCAUUGAGGUGGGGGUGCGUGCAGAGGCCUACCAGGAGGAGGGGCCUAACCGACACAUAAACUCUGCUUUCAUGACGUUUGAGGUGCUUGACGACCACGGCAAGCCAUGUAUGUUACCAAGGAUACGACCCGAACCGCUGGAAGGGGAGAGGCGGUUUCAAGAAGCCAUAGCCAGGAAGAAGAUCAGAUUGGACAGAAGGUACAUCAUUUCCCGCAAGCAGGGUGAAGUCCCUCUGUCUGUACCCUGGGACCCCAGAAACCAGGUGUAUCUGAGCUUUAACAAUGUUUCAGCUCUGAAGAUGUUGGCUGCUAGAAACAACUGGCGCCUCACCUCUGAGAAAGACAAGGUUCGUCUUUACAUCCUGGAGCAGAAGUCCAUGUUGAGUUUCAGGGUGGAAUCAGAGGUGGAUGUUCCUGCUCACAGAGCCUCUUGUCUGCUGGCUGAGCUGAGCAACAGACCGAACUGGGACACACAUUAUCAGAAAUGUGAGCUGAUUCACCAGGUGGAUGAUGAUGACUUCUUGUAUCGUGUGGUAACCCCAUCAGUGCGUCACAGUGGAGUAGGUUCCCCGACUUCAGCCAAUCAGGGAGAAGGGAUUCUCCAGGACUUCAUCUUGUUGGCUUCCAAGAGGAAGCCAUGUGGCAGUGGAGAUCCAUACGUCAUUGCUCUGCGUUCAGUGUCCCUGCCCACUCACCCUCCUACUGAAGGAUAUAACAGAGGAGAGGUUCUGUGUGCUGGAUUUACCAUACUGGAGACCAAAAACAACAUGUCACUGAUCAGUUACUAUAACCAGGCUUCUCCAGAGGUUCUUCCCUACAUCUCCACAGAUAUUGCCGGCCUCUCCUCCUCUUUCUACCACACCUUCUGCUCCUGCAGCCAAUACCUGACCAGGAACAGACUGGAGUCUGGCUCAGAGGAGCAAACCGGCCAAUACCAGGCCACGAAUACAGACAGUCCCACCUAUGACAAUGAAGCUGUCAGUCUGUCAGUGGCCCUCCACAGCACCCAGCUGUAGACAGUCAGUGGUACUUUCUAGGCCAGUUUACAUCACACAGUGUAGAGUGAGGUCAAGUUGCUGUUUAUACAACAUGGUACAAUUAACACUUUCACAAGUGUUUGCAGUGAACAAAAGAUGCAUUAAAACUUUUUAACAAAGGUAUUAGAAUAGAGAAUCAAAUAAACAAGUCAGAGUUUUAAAGAUCACAAUAAAGUGAGUAAAGAAAAAACUAUGCCUUAGACACUUAUUGCUCUGAUUUCAGAAUAAAGACUAAAUUCAAACUAAAGGCAUAUUCAAUAUGAAUUAUUCUGUUUGUAAAUCUAUGAUAAAUGUUCAUUUAAUUGUAAAUCUAACAAAGUGUGGGGUUUAAAGGAAACGUGGGGUUAAUUAAGGAUAAACACUAACCAUAGCAUUAAGUGGUGAGAGAAUUGUCUGAAGUUGCUGACUGCAAGUAGCACAAGGUAACACCUGUCUUUUGAUAAACACAUUGGUGUUUCAUUAAAUACUUUUAUAAGACUUUGAAUAAAAUGUUUUUAACAGAA